AUGGCGACCGCGCAGGCUGCACUUCCAGCAGUGGGUGAACUCACCCCCCUUGCAAACGCCGGGACCGUGCUGGCGACCUUUGCAGGGCUCCUCAAACAGCUUCGGGAUCUGGAGAACCGUUUGGAUUGGAAGGACAAUGAAACAGAUCGAUCGAAGCUGAUCGGCGUCAUGCAAUGCCUGAGUCUGCAGAGGAAUUCGUUCGAAGACGCAGCCGUGGAUCUUCUGUGCGACGUGGCCCCCUCCGCAGACAUCUCGACGUUCUUCACCGCGCUCGGCGACCUGCAAUGGCAAGAGGCUGAAGUGCAGGUCAGGGCUCGCAAACGGCUGGGAAUCCAUGUGGAGGCUUACUGCGGCACUUGCACCACCAUCCUUGGGGGAUUGGACAAUAUAAAGAACAUAGUGAAUGGUAUCACACCUCCAGAUACGAUGUCCGAAUGGGGAGACAUGGAUCCCAACUUGGUGAGAACGGAGGCAUGCAUGUCAGAUCUGUUGGGGCAUCAGAAUUCAGAGGUCAUUGCCGGCUUGACGAGACACAAUCAUGAACUUAGAACCCUCCUAGAUCACGGAAACAAUUCUCGUAAAGACGGCAUACAAGCAGCAAAUGCUGUUAUCCAGACUAUUCUUAGCCUGACGGCCGACACAAGUCCUGCAGCGGCAAAACAGCUGGCCGAGCUUUGUCAACAGAUACGGGAAGCAGACAAGGCUCAACAGAGGUCAUUCCAAACUUGUCUAUCAGAAAGCUCUCCCUGUGGAGCAGCCUCGACAACUCCCUACGAAACACGCAGCACACUCCGACUGCGCUGGGCUAUCAACCAUUUAGCUGAUGUCGCCGGUUUUCAGCCCCAGAUGUGCUGUUGGCCUGCAUGCUCUUCGAAGUCCCCCUUUCCCUCUCUUUCGACAUUCUUGUCUCACAUUGUCAUUUGCCAGGACGUAGAUAAAGCACAAUAUGCUUGCCUUCGACGUCUAGAGCGUGCUUGGUACGACAAUCGCUGUGCCUGGGGGCUGCAAUUCUCCUCUUCUUCCUCCUCCCAGAUGCAAGGGCCGUGGUUGAGGUCGGAAUUACGAUGGCCCUUCGAGGACGGUGAAUUCGGUAACCGCGAGUCUCCCCCGGAGCUGGAGGCUGAGAGGAAACCCCUGGACCCUGCCUCUGAAAAAGCCGAGGUCGAUAUUGCACGAUACAAGGGUGUGGUUCUGGCACGAAAACGGAUGAGAUGGACAAACCCACAUCAGCUGAGAAUCUUCAAAGAGGAAAGCCAGACUUUACGCCGGCUAAACCAUUGCCAUGUCAUCCAGAUCUUCGGCUCUUAUACAAAACAUCAUGACUAUACGCUACUCCUGUAUCCGUACUGUGAGUACACCCUCAGCAGGUUCAUGGAGGAAAACUGCCAGGCAGGGAGCACGGAAGACGAGCUUAAAUGCCCGGAGCUCUUGCGUGAUCGCCUGUACUUGGAAAGUUUUUUCCCCUGUCUUGCCCAAGCCCUGAUGUAUAUCCACACCAACACCACCCGCCAUGCGGACAUCAAACCGGCGAACAUCCUCAUCAAAGAGAGUCUGGCCAAGGUCGAAGAUGGCCGCCGCUACCAUGUAUAUAUCGCCGACUUUGGAUCGGCUAGCACCUACGCAUGCCUGAGUCGAACCAAGAGUUUUGCAAAGUCAACGCCGAAAUAUUGCGCACCAGAGCUAGCCCCCGAUCCGGCGACAGAGGAUCCAGCCAAUACUCUGGAAUGGGGCCGAGCCGCUGACGUCUUCUCCCUGGGCUGUGUUUUCGCGGAGAUGCUGACCGUGCUGGCAUGCGAAGAGGUCGUGACCUUCGACACUUUCCGAUGGGAUGUGGACGAUGUGGACGAGUCGUUCUGCGGGAAGCUGCCUCGCGUGCGUGAGUGGCUCCAGAGGCUCCGCAAGUUCGCCGACCAAGAGCCGUCGGCUGAGAAGGGCCCUUUGAGAGACUACUGGUACCGGCGCGGGAGAGACCAGGCGUUUGCCUCCUGGAAGGACACGUUCCUGGCUACGAUUAACAUUACGGCAUCCAUGUUGUGCGAGCAACAAGACGGUCGACCUAAAAUCGCCGAGGUCGUGAAGCGACUUGACGUGGAUGAUUGCUGUAAUCGUGAGGUGAUCCCUCUCUUUGCCUGCGUAGGCGUAGAGCUGAGAAGGAGGUGA